AUGUGGCCACGCCCUAUAUGUGUAUGGCGACCGGACGGAUGCACGUUAAUACCUUGGAGAGCCGGCAGAUGUUUGGCGUGGGAUGUUACGGUCCCUGGCACCCUCGCCGAACGAUACGUAAACCUGACAAGUAAAGAAUGCGGUUUGGCCGCGGCCAGGGCAGCGGACGAGAAAAUGAAAAAAUAUGGGAAUGCCCUCCCCUCGAUGGAAUUCUUGCCAAUAUGCAUCGAGGUUCUCGGCCCGAUGGACCCCAACACCCUUAAAUUUCUUAAGGAAAUAGGCAAAAGGAUCAGUGUCAGAUCAGAAAUAUUGAUAAAGCAUGACAAUAACCUGGAACGUCCUGGUGAAAAUAUUUAUUGA